GUGCUGCUACCAGUGGCGGGCGCGGCCAUGGUGGACUACACGCUCGAGUGGCUCGCCAUGGCGGGUGUCGAAGAGACCUUCGUCUUCUGCUGCGCGCACUCCCAACAGAUCCGAGCGCACCUGGAGGAUGCCGGCUGGAUGCGCCCCUCCUCCUCCUCGCACCAUCAGGGGGGCGGCGGGCAGCGGCACGGCAUGCGGGUGUCAACGGUGGUGGCGCAUGACUGUGUGAGCGUGGGGGACGCACUCCGACACAUGGAUCACAAGGGCGUGAUCCGCGGGGAUUUUAUUCUGGUGAGCGGGGACGUGAUCGCCAACGUCUCGCUCACCCACGCGCUGCACGCCCACAGGGAGAGGAGGCGCAAGGACAAGCAGGCAGUGAUGACCAUGCUGCUCACGCACUGCCCCUCCAACCCCCUCACCCACCUCACGCGCACGGGCAGCGAGUCACAAGUGUUUGGCAUCUGCCCGGACUCCAACCAGCUGCUCUUCUACGAGCCGCCGCCCGACCCCCUCUCCUCCACGGGCACGGGCAAGCUCGCAGCUUUAGCAGGUGGACGGCGUAGCUUGGCAGUAUCUGUGGAUCGGGCAGUGUGGCAGGGGCACAGACGGCUGGCACUGCGCACGGACCUGGAGGACAGUGGCAUCGACAUCUGUGCGCCGGAGGUGCUGUACCUGUACACGGACAACUUUGACUACCAGCACCCCCGGCGAGACUUCCUGCGCGGCAUCCUCAAUGAUGACAUCAUGGGAAACAAGAUCUUCACGCACGAGAUCAAAUCGCAGUAUGCCGCCCGCAUAGACACGCUGCGGGCGUACGCGGCGGUGUCAAGGGACGUGCUGCGGCGCUGGGCCUUCCCCCUCGCACCCGACUGCGCCUUCGGGGCCCACAGCGGCCGCACCGCUGUCACCCGAGGCAACCGGUACCGCGAGGAAGCGGUGUCAGUGGCGCGGUCAGCAGUGAUAGGGCCGGACACGCUGCUGGGGGAGGGAACAGUGGUGGCGGAGAGGGCGGUGGUGCGCGGGUCAGUGCUGGGCGCGCACUGCCUGGUGGGCGAGGGGGCCGUGGUGGACGGCAGCUUCCUGUGGGGCGGCGUCACGGUGGGCGCGGGCGCCGUGGUGCGGCAUGCAGUGCUGUGUGACGGCGUGCAGGUCAUGGCGGGGGGGACUGUGCACCCCGGCUGCGUGCUCUCUUUCGAUGUGGUGGUGGCAGCCAAUCACGUGGUGCCAGCUGGCACGCGCAUAGCGAGGGAGCAGCAGCCGGAGGAGGAGGGCAGCGAUGAUGAGAACACAGAGGGGCAUGGCAUGGCCCCGCCUGCAGUGCGAAGGAAGCAGGGCAAGCGAGGUGACGAGGAGGAUGAGGAUGAUGAGGAGGAAGAGGAUGAGGAAGAGGAAGAUGAGGAGGAGGGAGAGGAGGAGAAGCAGGAGCUAUCAGAUGAAGACGAGGGGCCAUGUGAUGUGCAAGCUGUGGGCGAGGGCGGGAGGGGCUUCGCCUGGCCGCCCAGAACCCCCGCUGCAGCAGCCGUGGUGCGGCGGCAGUCGCUCGCACCAAUCACAGCGCUCGAACUUGCUGAGCUGGCAAGACUGGCGAUUGGACGGGAGGAGGGCGAGGGGGAGGAGGGGGAGGAGGAAUCAGGAAGGGAAGGAGGGGCGGCCUUGGUGGGAGGGGAGGAGGAGGAAGAGGAAGACGAGGAGGAGGAGGAUGGGGAGGACGAGUUUAGCAAAGAGGUGAGCUGUGUGGGAUGGAGGGGUGGAGGGAAGGGUGGAGGAGGGGAUGUAGGGGAGAGAAGAUGGGGUGAGGGCCGGGAGGGAUGGGACACGAGGGUGGCAGGGCGAUGGAGAGGGGAGAAGGGAGGAAAAUGCAAUGAGGGAGGGAAGCGCGAGAGAGGGUGCAAGGCACGUGCAAUGCAUGCGCACUGGGGGUUGGUGGAUGCUUGUAGGAUGGAUGAUGACAGCAUGUGGUGUCAUGGGCAUGUGGUGCCAUGGGCAUGUGGUGCCAUGGUGGAGGAGAUGUUCAAGCGGGCCGUGGCGGAGGGGGUGGCGCAAGACAACGUGGUGCUGGAAGUCAACGCGCUCAAGCUGGCAUACAACCGGUCCUUUGCGGACUGUGCGGGGGCCAUGUUCCGAGGCAUGCUCAACCUCGCCGCCUCACAAGCCGCCCCCGGGGCACCCACCAAGGAGUUGCUGGCGUCCACACGUGCCGUGGUGACUCGGUGGACGUCGCUUCUGAGAAGGUUCCUCAAGGGCACGGACGACGAGGUGGAGGUGCUGCUGACAUUCGAGGAGGUGUGCAACGAGUCCCGCCCCGAGUUCGCGCCCAUAUUUGUCAAUGUCCUCGAAACGCUGUACGACAGGGACAUGGCGAGCGAGGAGGCCGCCAUGCCACAACACCCUCUCCUCAAUUUUCUCCGCCCCCUUCCCUCUCCUCCUCACUCCCACCCCCAGGUAGAGGCGCUGUAUGACAGGGACAUAUCAUGCGAGGAGGCGGUCAUGGGUCAUGGGUCAUGGCCGUUCCUCCCAUUCCCCCCAUCUCUCUCCCGCUCCUUGGCUCUAUUCCCUCCCCCUCAGGUGCUAGAGGCGCUGUACGACAGGGACAUAGUGAGCGAGGAGGCCGUCAUGGCGUGGGCCGAUGAGAAGCAGUUCGCCGACGCCGCUGACAAGGUGUUUGUCGAGCGAUCCGCCGCGUUCAUCAAGUUGAGUGUGUGUGUGGGACUGGGGCAGUGUGAAUGUGUGUGUGGGACUGGGGCAGUGUGA